AGAAAGUGCGCUGCUUGUGUGACUGCGAACUGGGUGCUGCGAUGUGUGAGUGAAUGCGUUCUUGUUGACUUUGUCACGGAAUUGGAAAACGAUUGCUGAAUGUGGAUGCAUUAUUGAGUUAACCGAGAGAACAACAAGCCAACCGAGCGAAAGGAAAAGCUCCAAACCGACACCGUUAAGAUAUACUGAAGAUACUAGUUUACCGGACUGUCGCGACAAGAGCUGUGUGCGUCAUCAGCAUCCUGGAGUGGGAGGGGAAACACCAUCAUCCCUAUUAACCUGACAAACGAAGUGUGGUUGCACCUUCCAUACCAAGUGAACCGGUGUUGCCUCUGUUCCCUUGCCACAAAGGUGUGCGUUUGCAAAUUAAUCAAAAUUCUUCGUGCCCUCCAAAACCCAUACUUAUUGCGCCUCCCAAUAUCCUUUGAUUUUUUUCCUUUUGGAGGCUGUUGCAUCUCGGCAACUGCGUGAACGAGUGAGUUGAGUGUGCGCACAUCUGCAGCACCCGUAGAUGCAUAUGUAUAAGUGCGCGCGUGUGAGAUAGUAUGCAAGUUGCUGUGUAGUUAUUCGUAUAUGGUAUGUUUGAGCGAGAUUGUGCGAAUGUUUGCUGAAAGCCGGCGCGAACGAGGAAGGAAGAUUUUAAAAGAUACCGCGAAUCUCAGCAGUCGUCGUCAGGACGUCGUUCUUUCCAACUGAGCACGUGAAUGUAUGUGUGUAUGUUAUAGACAAUCCACCACUACUACGAUCUACGGAUACGAUGUACAUCGAUAUUGAGUAGUACAUUACUCCGGUUCGAGAGUAUCCGGCGAUCUUCAAACGAGAGAACAAGACUGACGAUAAAAGCAGCUUCUAUCGUUUAUUCGAUAGAGAUUCCCCAAUUCCGUGCAUCCUUUCAACCAACCUACUACUACCACCGCCGCCACCAUCUCGUCCGCCAUCGGAUCCAUAGAUUGAUCGUCUCCUGCCGGGGGUUGUUGAAUGCGGAAGGAUGAAUGCGUAACCAAGGACGACAGCAAGCAAAUCAACAAUCGCGACUGGUGUGAGAAUGUGUGAGUGCGAAAGAGAGCAUCGGGUUGAUGAAAAGGCUGAGGUAGAACGGAAUGUUUGUGUGAGGGACCAGCCUAACUGCAAAGCGUUUGUGUAAGGAAAUACAGUGCAAGCGAGUAUAUUAAGUGCAUAUCGUAAAGAAAGCUGCAGCAACUUCCUGUUCGCGGGACUAUCCUGUUUUAAAGACAGAACGUAAAGCCAUCAAGUAAUACCACCCUAACCUUUUAGUUGAUAAAGCCACCAAGUGGUGUUGUAAGUGUGCAACAAAUUUUUGGGCAUAGAAGUGAAAGCGAGUUUGAUGUUUGUGGCUGUGCGUGGACGGAGUGUUUAAAGAGCGGACCAUUGAGUAGUGGAGGAAAUUGUAUCGGCGGAACUAGCAGAUUCAGGAGGUGUCGCUGGGAAUAGAUUAUUGAAUCAACGCGGCAAUACCAGCAAGAAAUCGACGGUAAAGCGAUAACGAUGGCUCUUCCGAUGAUACGCAUAGAGGAGGCGAACCAGUUAUUGGACUUUUCGAAAAAAUUAGACAUUGACCUGCUGGACAACAUCGUCUCAUGCCUGUACAACAGCACCGGCGAGCAGCUGCGGCUUGCUCAAACCGUUUUGACAACAUUGAAGGAACACCCGGAUGCGUGGACACGUGUCGACAGCAUAUUGGAGUUUUCACAAAACCAGCAAACGAAGUUCUACGCGCUGCAGAUUUUGGAGGAAGUGAUCAAGACGCGUUGGAAAAUUUUGCCCCGUAACCAGUGCGAAGGCAUCAAGAAGUAUGUGGUGGGUCUAAUCAUCAAAACGUCACAGGAUCCCGCAAUGAUGGAAGCGAACAAGGUGUACCUAAACAAGUUGAACAUCAUUCUGGUGCAGAUACUGAAGCGCGAGUGGCCAAACAAUUGGGAAACUUUCAUUAGUGACAUCGUUGGCGCUUCGAAAACGAACGAAACGUUGUGCCAGAACAAUAUGAUCAUCUUGAAGUUGUUGAGCGAAGAGGUGUUCGACUUCUGUUCCGGCCAGAUUACGCAAACCAAGGCAAAGCAUCUGAAGGACACGAUGUGUUCGGAGUUUGCACAAGUCUUUACUCUGUGCCAGUUCGUGCUGGAGAACUCGCUAAAUGCACCGCUCAUCUCGGCGACGCUGCAGACGUUGCUAAAGUUUCUCAACUGGAUUCCGCUAGGAUACAUCUUCGAGACGAAGCUCAUCGAUAUGUUGGUGUGUCGCUUCCUGACGAUACCGAUGUUCCGCAACAUCACGAUCAUGUGCCUGUCGGAGAUCGCGGGCUUACAGCUGGCGAGCUACGAUCACGUGUUCAUUGCCUUAUUCAAGCAGACCAUGGAACAGUUUGACACGAUGAUUCCACCAAACACGAACAUGAACCAGAUAUAUAUGAACGGGUCGGACGAUGAGCAGUGCUUCGUGCAGAACCUGGCCAUGUUUCUGUGCACAUUCCUACGAGUACACGCGACGCUGGUCGAGAAGCGCGACACGAUGGAAGUGGUCCUGAAGGCGUUAGAUUAUCUGGUGAUGAUCUCCGAGGUUGAAGAUGUGGAAAUUUUCAAAAUAUGCCUGGAGUAUUGGAACAGUUUAACCGGUGAAUUGUACAAGGAGGCACACACCUCUAGCCAGCGGCGUACUUUUUACCAUAAGAUCUUGUCGAAGGUGCGCUACAUCAUGAUUUCGCGCAUGGCCAAACCGGAGGAAGUGUUGGUGGUGGAAAACGAGAAUGGUGAAGUCGUGCGUGAGUUCAUGAAGGACACAAAUAGUAUUAAUCUGUACAAGAAUAUGCGCGAAACACUGGUCUACCUGACGCAUCUCGACUAUGCUGAUACGGAGCGCAUCAUGACGGACAAGCUGAACAACCAGGUGAAUGGUAGCGAGUUCUCGUGGAAGAACCUAAAUACGCUCUGCUGGGCGAUAGGUUCCAUUUCGGGAGCAUUCUUCGAGGACGACGAGAAGCGUUUCCUGGUCACUGUCAUCAAGGAGCUGCUAGGGCUUUGUGAGCACAAGAAAGGUAAAGAUAACAAGGCUAUCAUUGCGUCUAACAUCAUGUACGUAGUCGGACAGUAUCCACGCUUUUUGCGGGCUCACUGGAAGUUCCUCAAGACGGUCGUGAACAAACUGUUUGAGUUCAUGCACGAAACGCACGAUGGUGUACAGGAUAUGGCCUGUGAUACUUUUAUCAAGAUAGCGCUCAAAUGCCGCCGGCACUUUGUGCAGCUACAACCAAACGAAUCCUGUACCUUUAUCGAAGAAAUACUGGCCACGAUGAGCAGCAUUAUCUGCGAUCUUCAACCACAGCAGGUUCAUACGUUUUAUGAAGCGGUCGGUUACAUGAUCUCUGCUCAGGCGGACCAGGUGCAGCAGGAUAUUCUGAUCGAAAAGUAUAUGAUGCUGCCGAAUCAGGUUUGGGACGAUAUCAUUUCACAAGCGACCAAGAACGUUGACAUCCUAAAAGAUAUGGGCGCUGUGAAACAGCUUGGCAGCAUACUUAAAACGAACGUGCGCGCAUGUAAAGCUCUGGGCCACUCGUACGUGUCGCAGCUUGGGCGCAUCUAUCUCGACAUGUUGAACGUGUACAAGAUCAUGUCGGAGAACAUUACACAGGCAAUAUCGCUGAACGGAUUGUCGAUAAACAAUCAGCCACUGAUCAAGGCGAUGCAUGUCGUUAAGAAGGAAACGCUCACGCUCAUCUCCGAGUGGGUAUGGAAGUCGAACGAUGCAAAAAUGGUAAUGGAAAACUUCAUUCCACCCCUGUUGGAGGCAGUACUGUUCGACUAUCAGCGUACUAAGGUUCCAAAUGCGCGAGAACCACUAGUUCUAAGCACAAUGGCAUCGAUUGUAAAUCGGCUACAGGCUGUCAUCACGCCGGAGAUACCAAAAAUCUUUGACGCUCUGUUUGAUUGCACGCUUGAUAUGAUCAACAAAAAUUUCGAAGACUACCCCCAGCAUCGUACGAAUUUCUACGAACUGCUCCAAGCGGUUAACAUGUACUGCUUCAAAGCGUUCCUCAGCAUUCCGCCCGAACAGUUUAAACUUGUGUUCGAUUCAAUCGUAUGGGCGUUCAAGCACACAAUGCGAAAUGUGGCCGAUACCGGGUUAAACAUACUGAUGCAGAUGCUUCAAAAUCUCGAACAGCACCCGCAAGCAGCGCAAAGCUUCUAUCAGACGUAUUACACAGACAUACUAAUGCAGAUCUUCUCAGUCGUAACUGACACGUCACAUACGGCAAGUUUGCAGAAUCAUGCAACAAUUCUGGCGUACAUGUUCUCGCUGGUGGAGGCGGGACGCAUCACGGUGAAGUUGGGCCCUUCGGACGACAACGUACUGAACAUUCAGGAGUAUGUGGCGAUGCUGCUCAAGUCCGCCUUUAGCCACUUGACUGGCAAUCAGAUCAAGAUUUUCGUUACUGGCCUGUUCAAUCUAGACCAGGAUGUGCACGCAUUUAAGGAGCAUUUACGGGAUUUCCUAAUUCAAAUUAAGGAGGUGACCGGGGAAGACGAUUCGGACUUGUACCUGGAAGAGCGGGAGAAUGAGCUAAAAAAGAUACAGGAAGAAAAGCGACGUAUGCUGAUGACGGUUCCAGGUAUGAUGAAUCCACAUGAAAUGCCGGAGGAUAUGCAGGACGAGUAGGUGGUUUUUUAACGUUUGGAUCGGGGGAGGUACCAUUUACCACCAACUUUUCUUAUAUACCCCCCCAUCCUUAGUCCAUCAGCAGAGAUCGUGUGCGUUACUUCAUUAUGUCUCAAAGGGAAUCAUGUGAACAGCAGUACUGUGUUGCAUUAAACGAAAAGCCGCCGUAGGUUUAACCUUUCCUCUAGAGGAAUUUCGGAACACGUACAUAUGCGAAAAGUGUGAGAUUGCGUGUUUGUGUGUGUGAAUGUGCGAUCAUGCGCGAUCAUAACCAUCAGCGAAGCAAGACAGCAGUGACAAAGUAGGUGUUCGGUUAAUGAGAAAACCAUAAUCUCUACGAACCUAUCAGCACGAUGUCAUCAUACUACUACUGCGAUCGAACAGAGCAAACACACAACACAUUACGAGAUAGAGAGACAGCGAGAGAGAGAGAGAGAGAGAGAGAGAGAGAGAGAGAGAAAGAGAGAGAGAGAGAGAGAGAGAGAGAGAAAGAGCAUGUAUGUGUGAGCGUAAUAUUUAAGAUUUUUUUUGUUAAUUUUUCUGUGCAUUCUAUUGAAAGUAAAUUGGGGAUUUUGUGUCCAUUGCACACACCAGCAACCAUCCACCGCACGGUUCUUAUUUGAGAACAGGCGCAUUUGUGCAUGUUCGUAAGCGCGGAUGCAUGAGUAAUAUUAGGGAGCGCGUUGUAGCACACGCAUGUGUAGAAAAUGCAUGUUCUGUUGGCGCAUUUGUAUCAAAGCACAUUUUGACGCUAAAGCAGUGAUGUUUUCCAGUGACUACUACUACUUUCUACCUAGCAACUCUAUACAUCUGGGCGGCAACCAAUGUUGAGUUCUUCGGAGUAAACAAUAAUUCUAUAAACUCUUGGAGAUACUAGAGUGCGAGGAUAAACAUGAAUUGAAUGAGUUUUUUCUGUUUUUUUUCUUUAUUUCUUUUUUCAUAUUCUUUUUGUAAUAGUCGCGGCAUUAGUUGCGUUUGUUUUGUAAAAAUAUAUUCCUAAUAAUUAGUUUAAGAUUUUUUUGUUUCUUUUUUAUCUCUCGCUUGCAUUCACUAUCAAUUAGUCUGUAUUGUUGAGCUUUUUUUUGUUCAAUUGCCAAGGGAGUGUCCCUACGCGUGAAAACAUACCGUGAGGACAAUAAGGAACUAUCCAUCAGGUUGAACUUUUUAUGUUUGAAAUGAAUUCGCAUUACUAUUUCGCUCCAAGUCCAUUUGCUAUGGAAAGUAUGUGAAAACAAGUAAACAAUUUGGGGCACGGUUUGAUAAAAACUGUACUCUCUGUAAGCGAUCGUUGCAAUUCGAUAUUCUGUAGAAAACCAAUUGAACUUUAAUGCCCUUUUAACAUCCCCCGUGAGCAUGUGCCCUGGAGCCACAACUGGCAUAAACCCAAAUGGUGGGAUCGUAUUAGAAAUAAAAGUGAUAGAAAUGAUCACUCUACGCUUUGUGAUCCUCCUUUGGUGGAUUCUAUAUCGAAAAUCAUUUGUUUAUGUGUCACGUUUCUAGCAACUAUAACAACUUUGAGCGUAUCCUCAAACGCGUGAGCAUAUUGGAAGCGUCGUAAGGCACCGGAAAACAACCUCACAUGGGAACUACAAAUUAUGUUUUUCAUUAAACGCACUCUAAUUCAUAAAUGUUUUUGAAAACUUGCAGAAAUAUUAAUUUUAGUGCAUUAUUUUUGGGCAUAGGAUUUGUCAUACCUGGAAAGAUCGCAAUUGAGGAUCGAUUAGGUAUAGUAAAGUGCGUAAUAAUAUUCAUGUCCGAGCAGCUAUACAAAGCACCCCAGUAUGAUGUAGAUUGUCUAUUUUGUUUAUCUUCUUCGUGCACCGCGCGCGGCAAACAGCAAGCGUGGAAGAUACAUUGCAAACACACACGACGGGGUCUUGAUUGCAUUUCAGAAUUAGGUUACAUUAUAACCGCUAAUUAUUAAUGAACAAAGCUUAACAGUUUUGAAUUCCAGUUGAACGCAACAGUGUAGGUUUCUGAUCGUUCAUCAAAAAGCAAAAAGUGAAAAACAUAUAAACACUGGAAGCAUCGCAAACGAAUGUCCUUUUUCUCGUAAACUUUUCGAUCGCAGUAACAAAGGUGGGACAAUUUCGUUAGGCUUUUACACAAUGUCUAAAGGGCAAAUCGAUGUGGCCCGGUGGUUGUUAAGAUACAGGAAAAGGGGCGGUGAAGCAGACACAGCCACAGACGGUACUUUAGUAGUAGAAGAACACAUCUCCCUUUCGUGGUAGACUGUAAGUUGUUUAGUGUGUAGGACCAUCGCGUUUUGUACGCACGUACAUACGGAAAAUGGCAAAAAAUUACAAGUUUCGUUGCGUGUACGCGGCGCCUAAAAGCGAUGAGAUAUAGUAUGUGUGCGAGUGUGUGUGUGUGUGUGUGCAUGUUGUUUCUCACUAGAGAGAUGGAUAGUUUUUUGUUUAUUUGUUUCGUUUUAGUAACUAUUAAGCGGAGUUGCGCGUGAAUGUGUUUUUUUGCCUCAACCAUUUCUCCAAUAGUGAAAGAAGUAGGGGCGGUCGGUCGGUUGGUGGUGCACGCAAAACACAAGUAAGCAAGAAAUUAAGAACGAAACGAGAACAGAAUGCAAAAAAAGGAGAGAGAGAAAAAGAGAGAGAGAGAGAGAGAGAGAGAGAGAGAGAGAGAAACGAUGCAGUUCCGUUGUGCAUAUGGUGGGGUUAGUAGGGAAUGCAGCCUAGAAACAGAACACAAAAUAAUGCAUGAGCGAACAUGGGAGUGUGGGUGUGUAUGUGAGCUUGCGCUCGCGCGCGCGCGCCUGUAUGUGUGUGCAUGUGAAAGAGAGAAAACGGCAGGUAGUAGUGGAAAAACAAAAGAAAAUGUAACAAAAACAAAGAACAAAAAUAGAGCAACAAAGCAGCAAAAUAAAACAACAACAAAAUACGACGAAACACGAAUC